UUUACUAUUUACAUGACUGCAGCCGUGAAUCGUGAUCCGAACAAAAUAUUGUGUACCGCAAUAUUAUUAUUUUUUAACAGUUUUGUCUAGACGAUAAGUUUGUCUGUUUGUAUUUCAUUUUAAAAACUUUUUUUUGAAUCCAAAUCUGUAUUUGAAGACUGAUCGAAGGCGACCACUUAAACGUUAUUCGAUUAUUGAUAAUGGGUGAUGAAUAAUAAUUUCUGCAGAUACUCAACAACUUCAAAAUUAGUUUAAAGCUAUGUUUUCAUCAGUUCAAGGUAGUGAAAUUGCCUGUGAUCAUUAAACUUUGAGUUUAUUCAGUGGACAAUCUCCAAGCAUUCCCAAUGAAAAGUGUAGCUGUUGACGGUACAUCAGAAAAUUUACGUCAGUUGAACACAACCUGGGGGAAAAGUAGAGGUGAACAACAAACAGAGUUGAGUGCAGACGCACGGAACACAGUACGAAGAACAUUGUUUGUUGAGCCGUCCACUAAAUUAGAAAGCAAUGAUAACAUUUUAACGGAUACUAACGAAAAAAAUCCUAAGUGGCUAUCGUACGUAUUACAGAGGUUAAGUGAAGAUACGAAAACUAUGCCUGGUAAUAGUCAAACACCACCAGCCAAAGAGGUAAAAGAGAGGGAACCGGAAGUACAAACUGCAGUCGGACCUGAUUGUGGCAUUAAGGACGUUUGGGCUCAUAAUUUAGAAGAAGAGUUUACGUCAAUAAGAAAACUUUUACCAAAAUAUUGUUAUGUGGCUAUGGAUACAGAAUUCCCAGGUGUUGUAGCCCGACCUAUUGGGGAUUUUAAAACAACUGCUGAUUAUCUGUACCAAUUGUUGCGGUGUAAUGUUGAUCUGUUAAGGAUCAUUCAAUUGGGGCUUUCAUUUUUUGACGAAGAUGGUAAAACUCCCACUGGUCCAUAUACUACUUGGCAAUUCAAUUUUAAAUUCAAUUUGUCAGAAGAUAUGUAUGCCCAAGACAGUAUAGAAUUAUUGACAAAUUCCAGAAUACAGUUUAAGAAGCAUGAAGAGAAUGGAAUCGAACCUAUAGUUUUUGCUGAAUGUAUAAUUACAUCUGGCUUGGUAUUGAUGGAUAAUAUAAAAUGGAUGACAUUUCACAGCAGUUUUGAUUUUGGCUACUUAGUGAAGGUGUUGACAGACGAAAAAUUACCACAAGAGGAGUCAGAUUUUUUUGAUAUGUUCUCUCUAUACUUUCCUUGUGUGUAUGACAUCAAAUAUCUGAUGAAGAGCUGUAAAAAUUUGAAAGGUGGUCUGCAAGAAGUUGCAGAUCAAUUGGAACUAAAGCGGAUUGGACCACAACACCAGGCUGGUAGCGAUUCUCUACUAACAGGCAUGGCUUUUUUUAAAAUCAGGGACAUGUAUUUCGAAGGAAUGAUUGACAGCAAGAAAUAUUGUGGUCAUUUGUAUGGCUUGGGCAUUACCACAUUAAACAAUGGCCAAAUUCGGUAUGAUAAUAACGAAGGACCUCCCAAUUAAAUAUACCAGAAAUACAUUAUUAAUAUAAUAAUAAGUAUAUUAUUCCCAAUGAUCGUACAGUUGUUGUUUACUACUGAUGAAUAGUACCAACUAUACAUUUUGACUUAAAAGAAACAAAUUUAAAAAAAAAUGAUUUGCCUUGGGUAUAAUUUUUCUCUUCUCAAUUUAUUUAUUCUGUGUUUAAAAUUUGUUUGCCAACUGUGAAUGAAAUUAGAAAAUGAUAGAAUUAAAUGUAGUUUAGAAUUAUUAAGUUAAAAAAAUAAAAAUUAAAGAAGAAAAAUGUCUGUAUAUUAAUUGUUGUGUAAUUUUUUUAUAUUAUUUUUUCUUUUGAGACAACUGAUCUAUAUGCUUUUUGCUUUAAGAUAUUUUUGUUAUAUAUUUAACACAAUUUAAGAGCAUGCACUUAAAUUUGUUCUGUUAAGUGUGAAAUUUGGUCCAAUGCAAUUCAAGACCUUUAAAUAAACUAGCUAUAUUUCAUUUUCUGGUACCUAAAACUAAGAGUAAUAUUAUGUCUUUAAAAGUUUUGUUAGUAGCUAAAAAUAAAUAAUUAUUGAUUAGAUUAUKUCCAUAACAUAUAUUGGCAAAUUACAUAUAUACCACAACCUCUCGCCAUUGAAUGUUAACAUAUUAAAAUGUUUGAUCUUAUGUUGGUAAACUAUUGGAAUGUGAACAACUAGUGAGAAUUCAAUUACUUAAUAAUUCUUAAUUAUAGAUGUGGACGUGUAACAAGUACAGGAAGUUAGUACUUCUAAUAAUUUACAUUUAUGUUUCUAUUAAUAAACUUGACUUUUUGAUAAUA